AUGGCCUUCGUAAACUCACGGCUCCUGAACGCCACUAGUGAUUGGGAUGCCAUUAUGAAGGAUGCGAAGACGGUGCGCCUGCGUUUUCCCAAGUGGGUAUUCAAACACUAUGUGUAUGAGAAAUAUGGGGAGGCUUUUGCGCCUUUGCACAUCUUGUCACUGGUGCUAAGUUUGAGAAUACCAACUUCCCCCCAGGACAUAAGUUUGUACCCUGGACAAUUGAAGACGUCUAUAAGGAUAUCGGAAAAGGAAAGAAAAUUGAGCAGUCGUUGGAUGGAGACUGGUCUUAAGGUUAGUGCAACAGAUUAA